AUGAGUGUCAGCGAUGAUCGAAUUGAAUUUGAAAACCCUAUAGAGGACGCGGUUUCGAGGCUCAGGUUCUCUCCAGAGUCAAACAAUCUCCUUGUUUCUUCUUGGGAUUCUUAUUUGAGAUUGUACAAUGUGGAGAGCUCUUCGCUAAUUGUGGAAUUGUACUCUGGAGCUGCUCUUCUCGAUUGCUGUUUCGAGAAUGAAUCAACUUCGUAUAGCUCUGGCUCCGAUGGAUUCAUCCGAAGGUACGAUUUAAACGCAGGAGCAGUGGAUACAAUUGGAAGACAUGACGACAUUGCAACAUCCGUCAUGUGCUCUUCUGAAAAAGGUGAAGUGAUCUCUACUGGUUUGGAUGAGAAGAUAAAAUUCUGGGAUACAAGACAAGGAGAAAGCCUUUUGCUUUCGACUGACGCUGGUGCAGCAGUGCGAUGCAUCACUGUAUCUGGAAAUAACUUAGUAGCUUGCGUCGAAGCAUCAAUGCAUGUAUAUGAUCUGCGUAACUUACAUCAACCAUUCCAGUCUUACGCUUCACAAGUGGAGGUUCCAAUCAGAUGCAUCACCUCUGUUCCUUAUUCCAGAGGAUAUGCAGUUGGCUCAGUAGAUGGACAAGUAGCCUUGGAUUUCCCCAAUACAUCAUGCUCCAGUGAGAUAAACUACACUUUCCGAUGCCAUCCAAAGUCUAUGAAAGGAAGACUCAAUGGUACAUGCAUAAACGCCAUUGAGUUUAGUCCAUGUGGGUCAGGGAACUUUGUGACUGGUGACAACGAAGGAUACGUUAUCUCAUGGAAUGCUAAAAGCAAAAAAAGACUCUUUGAGUUGCCAAGGUACUCAAAUAGUGUCGCGUCUUUGGCUUUUAACCACACUGGAGAGCUCUUGGCUGUUGCAUCAAGCCACACUUACCAAGACGCUAAAGAGAAGGAAGAAGAACCUCCUCAAGUGUUCAUACACAGGUUUUGA